AUGGAGGCGGAGCCGAUGGACGGAUCAGAUGAGGGCUUCACUACAGUGAAGCGCAAAAGUUCUGAUCCAGGUCAUUUGGCGAAGAAGAAAUUGAUUGCUGAACCGGUGGCAUCAUCAUCGCAUGGGCCACUCAGAUCAACGGAUCCGAAACCGAGAAGCAGGGCUUAUCCUGCUUCGUUCAAAGGGGUACAUGAUGUGUACUUCAUGCACAGGAAUAAACCCCUGGAUGUUAGAUCGAUCACUGCAUCGAUCUACAAAAAAUACCCAGGGGUUCUGGACGUUCUUCGGCUGCGUCCGAACAAGUUAAGGGUUUCCGCAAAGGACCGGAUGCAGGCCAAUGCCAUAGCGGCGGAUCCGGCCUAUACGGAGGAUUACCGGGUUUACAAACCCGGUGGAUUGGUGGAAGUCAUCGGUGUUGAAGAUGACUUCGAUUACCCCCUAGAGGACAUCCUAAAAUACGGACAGGGGGCAUUCUUGCACCAAUCUAGUCCUCGUGCCAAGGUGCUAGAAGUAAAAAAACUUUUUGCUUCAAGCAUGGUCGAUGGAAAAAAGGUGUUUCGUGAGACUUCCUCACUCCGAAUCACCUUUGAAGGGUUGGAUUCAAAGUGGAAGGUGAUCCAAGACCCGCUUGACAGUGACCAUCUGCCCAUAGAGAUCUCCAUUAUCAACAGGAAUCGUUCGGCCGAUCAAGUGCCCGUCGAAUGUGACUUGUCGAGGUUGUUAUGCCAUGCCGGGGCACAAAACAUAUCGAUGAGUAGCCUGGAUAACGUCCCAAUACUAGCUUUUCAUAGAGGGGAAGCAAGAAUAACUAAUGGAAAUAAUUACUAUAUUCACCGUUUCAAUAUUUCCGACAUAAGACAGGAUAUUAAAAUACUUUCAAGGGCAUUUAGCCUUUUAGAACGUAACCAGCUCUCAACGAUUAUAGAAGAGGAAUUUUCAUACGCAUUCGAAAUGUUAAAAAUUACUACACCAAUUCGUAGAAGCAAAAGAUGGGACACAAUAGGCACGGUCUGGAAGUUCAUCGCAGGAAAUCCAGACGCAAACGAUUUAAAACUAAUAAAUACAAUCAUGAAUGAUCUAAUUAAAAAUAAUAAUAAUCAAGUUAGGUUUAACAAAGAUCUUACGUUGCAAUUAACAGAAAUGUUACUCCGUGUCAAAGAUGCACUACAAUUAUAUAAAGAUUCGUCAGCAGACUUCCAUUCAUUGUAUAUCUUAAUGAACCUCAAAUACCUUACUGAAAAAUUAGGACUAAUUACAGAUAGUAUCACAUUAGCCAAAGUUGGAAUUACUAAUCCACGUAUACUCAAUAGUCAAGAAACAGAUUUGAUGAUGAUUGACAUUAGAAAACAAAACAUAACAGUGCAUACAAUAUCCGAGGCUUUGGCAUAUACAAACACGAAAAUAGCUACAAAUAACAAUGAACUACUGUUUAUAAUAAGUUGUCCUAGACUAAGAAAAAACAUACUAAACAAAAUCCAAGUUUACGGCAUAAAUAACAUAGGAAAACAGAUCCACGUUCCUCAUCCCUAUUACCUUUCCCAUAAAUCGCAAAUGUUUAUCGUCGCAUCACUCGAUAAGGAAUUCUAUAAUACGGAAGAUCUACAAGAAGACAACACGACAUGCAUACCAGCAAUUAUAAAAGGACAACCAGCAUCUUGCGAUUUUAUAUCGAACCCAUCAACACAAGAAGUUAUAACUUUAGAUAGAAGUCACUUACUUAUCAGUUCAUCCGUUUGGUUUAUAUUUGAUACGACGUGUGGCAUACGAGAACGAAACCUUACUGGUUCAUUUAUCGUUGCAUAUGAAGAUUGCAAUAUUUUCUUCAAUAACAAAACUAUUUCAAGCAACACGAUUAGUUUUCCGGGAUCACCGAUCAAUCUUCCUAUCUAUGAAUUAAGAUCGGAGAUGAAACAAAUCCAUUUAGAAUCACACAGUAUCACAUGGAAAACGUGGUCAAUAUCUAGCCUGGUAAGCACUCCGUUUAUAAUAUUGAUUGCUGUCGGUGGAUACAUUGUGUUAAAAAUAUGUAAGAAAAGGACAGACAUCAACAUUAAUACACAACCGGCAUCACAUACAACGGCAAUCUACAAACCGCCAACUAUGAAAGAAUGCCUUCGUACGGAGCCUCAGAUUUAG